AUGAGAGUGAAGCACCCCAGUGAAAGAAAGACCUUGCUUUCUGUUAUCUGUAGUGAUAAGGGAGAAAAGAUCCAAAGAGAGAUAGGAGUUAUCAGAGGAGACACUGUCCAUAUACAUGAGAAGGUAAAUCCCUUUGACUGCGCAGAGCAGAUAGAAAAGCUGAUGAAGAAGAAGAAGUCUGGGAUGUUCAUUUCCAUAACUAAGGACAGCCUCCUUGUUAUUGGACGUACCUUCAAUGACGAGAUUAUAGACAUGGUUGAAUUCAAGAUAAAUAGAUACUUGUCUGUGACCGACUUUGAGUGUGUUGGGCCCGAAUUGCACAUGAAAUAUUUUGUAGUCUUGCAGAAUAUUAACAAUAAGCGACUAGAGAAUCUGAUAGUGGAUUUUUUCAACAAGAAAAGCAGCAAGGUCUGCUUAGAAGGAAUUAGAUACUCUUGGGUCUUUACCAAGACAGAAGACGGAUAUGUGCUUAAGUAUGUGAGGGUUCUUAAGGAUCUCAAUGUUGAGGACUGCGGGCCUUUGCUUGAAAUGGAGCUUGUGAGAAGCUACCACUGCAGUGAUGAGCUUUAUAAGAAGGCGUUGGACGAGCCUAAAAAGCCGAAAAAGAAUAUAAGCAAGAAUUUGUUCAACGAUAAGAUAGGAACGCUCCACAUUGACAAGCAAGAUCUUAGAGAUAUCAGGCUCAAGAAAAGCAAAGGAUAUAAAAGAACUUCAAGCAGGAGUUAG